GUCGUCUUGCCAGUUUUGCUGCCAUUUGCCAUCGCUGCGCAAAUUUAGCAGCCGCAACGGCGAUUUGGCAGUAGCGCACCACCCCAGGCAGCUGUUUCUGCGGCGCAGUGGCUUCCAGAGGGUCACACUUUUGAAUAAUCAAACCCAUCACGGCUGGGGAGCGGUUGCGCCGCGCACACAGCACUUCGCCGCCGCAUCACUCCGUAGCGCUUACUCCGUAGGGCGCACUUCACUGCGCAAUGGUGACGACGCGCCGCACCGUGCACGCGACGCCGCCCUCGCCCGAGGCGGCAUUCACGACGCCGCCCAAGGCGCCGAAGCGGACGCCCGACUCCUUCGACAGCCAGGAGCACCGGAACGCCUUCGCUUAUGUUAUGGUUGUUAAAAAUGCGACCUCCCACGACACGUACCGGGCCUUCCUGGAAGCAUUACAUACGUACCAGAAGAACGGCCGCGAGGACCUCGCGGGCCUGGUGCGCCGCGUCGCGGAUUUGUUUAGAGACCAUGCGGAUUUAUUAAGGGACUUCGAGCACUUCCUGCCGUUCGACGAGGAGGAUCGCGACGGCGCGGCGAAGGAGGCGCUGCGGGGCGCGGUCGCGGCCGCGGAGGAGUCCGCGGUGGGCCGGAGCGGCAAGAAGAAGCGGCGACGGCGGUGA